GUCAGCGAAAGCAUACACCGGCCUGUAAUGGACCCCCUUACAAUUGCAACUGGCGUCGUAAGCUUAAUCGUGGGCUGUUUCAAGGGUCUGGAUCUCGUCUCUCAAUAUGCCACCGAGGUGAAGCAAGCCGAGCUGAAGGCCCUCGAGCUUCGAAUAGAGUGCAGCACUAUUCAGCUCGCCCUUCGCAGGCUUCGCAACCAGAUCCAGCGUUCAAAUCCAUUGUCGGAAGAUGAAGAAGAGUUUCGCGACAUUUUCAAGUCUUGCAACUUGGUAUUUGGGCUCCUGUACAAGGGACUCGAGCCGGUCCUGCGAGCAAAUGAGGCUGGUGAGAAAGGCCGAGCCAGCCUCCGGUCCCGAAUUGCCGGGCUGAGAUAUGGACAUGACGCGGCUAGCUUGCUGAACGCAAUGCGUAGCUUGACUCCAGCUCUUCUUCUGUUGCUAACUGCAGUCCAGCAUGAAUCGAAUGUGGAUCGUCAACGCAUCCUGAAGUCGGAGGGGAUGAAGGAACAGUUGGGGCAUAUGUCUUCCGAUACUGCCUCUCUCGGAAAUGGAGCCAUAAAUGGAGUUGGUGCUGGGGAUGAUAGCCAUCAUGCUGAAGAGUCAGCUUCGUCCACGGAUGGCCACCAUGCCGAAUUUCUCAUGACCAACAUGGAGCGCAAACAACCCAAUUUUGCUCCGUUAUUGCAAAAACAGCGGGACUAUGCUGGCGAGAGUCCAAACGGCUAUUCAAGUCGCCAAACACCUCAGAGCCAAAAGAGAGAGUCCAAACUGGGCAGAUGGCUGCCAGUGGGCUCGAAGGCUUCCGGGAGGUCAGAGGCGCUGCCCGAAUCCUACGAGGAACUGGUCGUGCCUCGAAAGCAAAAGGCGGAGGGCAUAACCGGAGAAGACGUCAGAAGGAUCAGAGACAUGCUGCGUGAAUCGGUUUGCUUGCAGAUGGAGGUCGACGGUAUGGAGUUUGUGGGCCCCGAGCAAGACGGAGUGCGGAAGGAGAAGGCACAGCGAGCGCGUGAAAUACGAAUGGAAAUGUGCUCCGUCGUCGGCGAGUGGCAAGUUUUACUCAAGGGUCUCGCAAACCAUGAGCUUGAACGGUUGGCCAGCGAUCCUUCUACGCCACCGGAGGCGGUAUAUGUAGCCAUCGGCCAUGUGUUGAAUGAGGAGAUUAAGAGCCCUCUAAUUUCUGGUAUUGGCCUUCACCGAUACCACGUUUGAGGGAAAUCUUGAGACUUUAGCCGUUAUACGGAGGGCUCUUUUAAAAGUCUUAUCUAUAAGAAGUAAAUCCUAAUUAUUAGGUUAGAUAAUAAGUAUACUAAGUACUUUCU